AUGGGCAUCAACAAUCCAAUUCCACGUUCGCUUAAAUCAGAAAGCAAAAAAGCAGCAAAAGUACUGGCAAGCUUCGUCAAGCCCAAUCAAAUUCUAGGCGCUGACACGAUGAUCCCACCGGAAAUCCUGAGACGAGCCAAAGGUCUGGCCGUUAUAACGGUUCUGAAAGCAGGAUUUCUUUUCAGCGGGAGAGCAGGAUCUGGGGUCAUCGUGGCACGGCUGAGGGAUGGUUCCUGGUCAGCACCUUCUGCAGUUGCUCUAGCAGGUGCAGGAGCCGGAGGGCUAAUUGGAGUGGAGCUAACGGAUUUCGUGUUUAUCUUAAACACAGAAGAUGCAGUCAAAUCUUUUUCGGAGUUUGGUACCAUCACGCUCGGGGGUAACAUGUCCAUGGCAGCAGGUCCUCUGGGUCGCAAUGCAGAAGUUGCUGCAUCUGCUUCGCUGGGCGGUGUGGCUGCAGUUUUUUCUUACUCCAAAACCAAGGGUAUAUUUGCGGGUGUCUCAGUUGAAGGCUCCGUGAUCGUCGAAAGAAGAGAAGCGAACAGAAAGAUUUACGGCGAUAAUUGUAAAGCAAAAAUGAUCCUCAGUGGACGUGUAAGAGCCCCAGCAGCAGCAGAUCCUCUCUUCAGAGUUCUCGAGUCUCGCGCCUUCAACGGCAGAGACAGAUCUAGGGACCCUGACUCUGACAGCGGCUUUUACGACGACAUUCCCUCAUCGUUUGAUUCAACCGACAUGGAUUCUAAUCGGCCGAAUACAAGAUCGACCCGCAGAAGAGGUGAUUCCGUUCAAUCUUCGAGAUCCUACCGUGAUGAUUAUGAUGACGAUUUCGACGAAGAAGAUCCAAAUGACGUCAGCGGGUAUUACUCGAGGGCAAGAGGCCAAAGAUCUUCGAGUCGUUGGGAAGACGAUGUGUAUGAUAGAGAUUUGGAUGACGGUGCGCAAAGGCAUAAUAAUUAUUCCAAAUCUUCAAGUGCGCCUUUGAGACCUCGGACUGAAAAGCCUGAUUUUGGCAUCUCUUCACCAUCAGGAGGCUCAAGGAGCGCAAGAGAUGCAUCAUUUGGAUUGCCAAAAGCUGUCGCUCUCUUCACAUUCAAGGGAGAGCAGUCGGGAGACUUGCAGUUCCGCAAGGGCGACGUCAUCUCAAUAUUAAAAAAGUCAGAUUCACAAAACGACUGGUGGACGGGGCGUAACAACGGCCAGGAGGGUAUUUUCCCAGCUAAUUACGUAGAGUUGGUCUAA